CCCUUUUCAAAACAAAGUUACAAAGUGCUUCACAUGGUUGAACCAAGAUUAAAACAUGUCAGGACCACAAUGAGGCAAAUAAAGUCAGACAAUUAAAAAUAAUACAAAAAUAAAAUGGAAUCCUCAACAAUAAUAUAAGAUAAAAUAAAUAACAACAACAAUAAUAAAACAUAUAAUAAAUACAAAACAGUGUGCAAGCUUUAAUAAUAAAUAAUACAUUUAAAAAGAUGUCACAAGUAGGCUAUAUUUGACCAGUCUGUUCUAUCAAACAUCUUGCAAACAUGAAGAAAUUUACACCACAACCAAAGAAAUAAAUGUUCACAGUUUAUUUUUUAUUUUCAACACACAAUCAGGUGAUAUUUUUUGAAAUUAAAUACAAUUAAUUAGCAUAUGAUACAGAGUCAUGUGGAUAUAUUUUUAAAUUAUUUGGACCCACUUUUUUCCUUUAUGAUUCAGCAGGGGCUCCGUUUAAUGUCUCUCUGUCUGUCUGGAGGCUUCUGGAUCACACAAAACUUACUGAACUGAAAACUAUACAGAUCUAAAAUAAAAUGUGUAACUGUAAUCCCUUAUGAUGGUUGUGCUGAUUUGAAUUUACUGCCUGACUCAUGCUAAUCUGUUUUAGAGCUCCGGAAAAAGUAAAUAGACCUUGAGUUAAUCUUUUUUUAAAUUCAAACUAUCUGUUUCCUGCUUGAUGAAAUGGUUUACAGCAGAAAGGCAGUUCAGAAGGGACUUUAUGUGUCCAGCUUGUGCUGAAAAGGAGGGAGAUAAAUCCUCUGUGUUUGAUUGACAGUGCUGCCUUGACAACCCCGCAUCAAGCUCCAGGGUGUCCAAUGAGGAGUCAGAUCCAGGGUCCCUCCCUGGCUCCCAGGUGAGCUAAAGAGUCAGACUUCAUCAGAUUUCUGUCAGACUGUUUCCGAGAUACACUUCGUCUCCUCGUUGGCUUCACUCUGUCAUCCAGAUGGUGUUCAGAUCGCCGCUCGACAUUUUCUCAGCGUCCCGUAUCCUCCUGCCCCACUUCACGGAUGGGCCCCCUAUUCUGGCCCGCUCCCGUUCCCCAGAGGACCCUCCCUCCGCCUGUCCUCCUCUGGCUCUCCCGGGACUGUGUUUUUCUGCGGCUCAGAUCGCCAGCGUCUGCGAGAUUCUGGAGGAGACGGGAGACAUCGAGCGGCUGGCCCGCUUCCUCUGGUCGCUCCCGGUGACCACAGACGGCCGAGACUCCAUCUCUGAGCACGAGUCUGUGCAGCGGGCUCGCGCUGUGGUGGCCUACCACACGGGGAGUUUCCGCGAGCUUUAUCACAUUCUGGAGACGCACCGCUUUACGCGCGCCUCGCACGGUAAACUGCAGGCGAUGUGGCUGGAAGCUCACUACCGGGAGGCUGAGAAGCUCCGGGGUCGACCGCUCGGACCGGUUGACAAGUACCGCGUGAGGAAGAAGUUCCCAUUACCGAGGACCAUUUGGGACGGAGAGCAGAAGACGCACUGCUUCAAAGAGCGCACACGGGGGCUACUAAGAGAGUGGUACCUGCAGGACCCGUACCCGAACCCGGGGAAGAAGCGGGAGCUGGCGCACGCAACCGGACUCACACCGACUCAAGUUGGGAACUGGUUCAAAAACCGGAGACAGAGAGACCGGGCGGCUGCAGCCAAAAACAGGUUGCAGCACCACCGGAUGUGUCCAGGCGGUGCGCGUUCACUUAGCGGAGGAGAGUGCAGCCCAGACGAAAGCGGGGAGCGCGCAGAUGGAGAGACUCUUCUUUCAGUAACGGACAGUGACUCUGACUUGGAUGUCUGAGACUUUUAAAUCUAUGAAAUGGACCUUCAGGGGCCAGUGAUGCUUGUCGAGGAUUACCGGAGAGAGGAGGAUGAUGUAUGCAGGACAAAAGGCUGCUCAGGGUUUGGGUUGCAGUAAAUGUUCAUGCCAUAAAACAGCUUCAUCCUAAAUAUAACCCCAGCCCACCAAACAGAUGAUUUGUUUUUUUUCUUUUGUUUCCUGAGAAUUUAAUUGAUUUUUAACUUUGCUGCUUGUUCACUGAUCACCAGACCCACAUUUUUGAUUUCUAACUACAUCACUGGAUGGUGAAGGUGCACAUCUGAUGAACCAGCUCGCACCAUCAACCACAUUAAAUGUGGACCCCUGUAGGACUUUAACCCAGGGACCCUCACGUGGGAGAACCUUUACAGACUGAAACCUGUCAGUGAGAUAAUGUUCUUAUUUUCUCUAAUUAUGUGUCUUUAUUUUAUUUUUAAAUGAAACUAGUUGUUUCUUUAGACCCCUGGAUGAUGUCCACUGCUGUAGACAAUCAACACGCACUGAAGCCUACCUCCCUGUCUGUUUGUGUGUUUAGGAACUUUUUUUGUUUCUUUACCUUCAUUUCUACUUUAUUUAAAGUUCACAGAGUUCACUGUGCAGUCUGUGUGUGAUGAUACGUCGUCCUUUAUGUUCAAGUUGAUGCUGAAUAAAUGUUUUGGUAUUUUAUAUAAAUAAACUUAUUUAAUAUAUGA